AUGGCUGGUGCAAUUGAGAAUGCACGCAAGGAAAUAAAAAGAAUCUCGCUAGAAGACCAUGAAGAAUCAGAAUAUGGUCAAAUUUAUUCCGUUUCUGGUCCAGUUAUCAUUGCGGAAAAUAUGAUCGGUUGUGCGAUGUAUGAACUGGUCAAAGUCGGUCACGAUAACCUAGUAGGUGAAGUCAUUAGAAUUGAUGGUGACAAGGCCACCAUUCAAGUUUAUGAAGAAACUGCAGGUGUCACUGUCGGUGACCCUGUUCUUAGAACUGGUAAACCGCUCUCUGUGGAAUUAGGUCCAGGUCUAAUGGAAACCAUCUACGAUGGUAUCCAAAGACCUUUGAAAGCUAUCAAGGACGUCUCUGAAUCAAUCUACAUCCCAAGAGGUAUCGAUGUUCCUUCUCUGAGUAGAGAAAUUAAAUGGCAUUUCGUUCCUGGUAAAUUGAAAGUAGGUGAUCAUAUCUCAGGUGGUGACAUUUUCGGUUCCAUAUUCGAAAACUCCCUUCUAGAGAACCAUAGUAUCCUAUUACCACCAAGAGCAAGAGGUACAGUCACAUGGAUUGCUUCUGAAGGUGAAUACACAGUGGACGAAAAAGUUUUAGAAGUAGAAUUUAACGAUGAAACUUACGAAUAUACAAUGUACCACACAUGGCCCGUUCGUGUUCCAAGACCUGUUGCUGAAAAAUUAUCCGCUGACCACCCACUGUUAACCGGUCAAAGAGUCCUGGACGCUUUGUUUCCUUGUGUUCAAGGUGGUACCACUUGUAUUCCAGGUGCUUUUGGUUGUGGUAAAACAGUCAUUUCACAGUCUUUAUCUAAAUAUUCAAAUUCUGAUGCCAUUAUCUACGUCGGUUGUUUCGCUAAGGGUACUAAAGUCUUAAUGGCAGAUGGUUCAGAUAGGGCGAUUGAAGAUAUUAGCAUUAAUGAAAAAGUCAUGGGUAAAGACGGUACUCCAAGAACUGUCAUCGGUUUACCACGCGGAAGAGAAACUAUGUAUCAGGUUCGUCACAUGACGUCAAAAAGAAGUUCUGAUGAAGCUUUUGGUUCCAUGGAUUAUGUUUGCUCGGCUAACCAUAAAUUGGUUCUUCGAACCCCACAGCGUGUCAUUCUAGAUUCUUACGAAUUAAACAAUCAAAAGUACACGACUGUUACUUAUUUCACUCUUGAAAACACAAGAUACGGCCAAAUUGUUAAAAGAAUGACUAAAAGUUUCCAACAUCCAGCUUCUGAAAUUGAUGGACAGAGCACAAGAAAUGCACGCACUUUCGCUGCUACAAUUGAUAGAGCACCAAUCGAUUGGGAUAUUGAAGCUAGAGAUUACGAAAAACUUGGUUAUCACGUUAAAGAAGCUUCAUAUCAAUUAAUUAACCCAGUCUUCCAAGAAUCCGGAAUUUUUGCAGCCAAACUCAAUAAUUUCGGUUUUGCCAAAAAAAUUGCCCCAGAAAUGGCAUGGUUACUUGGUUUCUGGGUUGGAGCUGGUGAUAUGGAGCAAUUUUCAUUUUCCAUUGCAGGGACAGAAACAGAACUUAUCAGCCACAUUGUCAAGUGUGCUAAUUUAGUUGGUUUAACCAUUACUUCCACUGAAAUCUGUAAUAGCUUCAAGCGCGAUCAAGGAUAUGAGGAAGCUAAAUUAGCUGGAAUGGCCAAAGGUAUACCUGAGGAAGCAGGUGUUGUUGUCUUUGAAGAUGAUAAAGAUGGUCAACCUGCCGAGAACGUAUUGGUGGCACUGGAUAAGUCUUCGGUUCAACCUUUUGACAUUCACAGCACACCUUCCGAAUCCAAAAAUAAUUUGCUUCUUUCUUUAGAAAGUGAGGAUAAAGGUGCUUUCUUCAAUAAACUUGUUGACACUUUGCAUCUCAGAGUAAAGAGCAGUAACGCCAACGGUUCUUCUUACGUAAAAAAUGUCCCAUUAGACUUAUCUUCUGAUGAUAUUGUUAUCCGUGAACAAUUCUUAGCAGGUUUACUUGACUCCAGAAAAUGUUCAACAGAUUUCAUCACCUACUCUCCUAAGAUUUCAAUGGGCGUUAUAAGAUUAGCUCGUUCCUUGGGGAUAAAGGCUGCUGUUAAUGAUGGGAAUAGUGAUUACGGAAGCGUUAGAGGAGAUUCUCUUCCUCCUAAAUAUAAGAUCCAAUUAGGCGGUACUGCCAUCCAUGGUGUAUACCAAUACAGUUUCUACAAAGGUUUCCCUAGCGUGGAGCCAUUUGAAAGGAAGGGUAUUCCAUUUUUUUUCACAUUGCAGGAAAAACCCGAGGAUGAUUAUUAUGGUAUAACUCUCCCAGAUGCAACUGAUAAACAAUAUUUACUUUCGUCAUUAGCUUUGGUGCAUAACUGUGGUGAACGUGGUAACGAAAUGGCAGAAGUCUUAAUGGAAUUCCCAGAAUUGUACACGGAAGUUAAUGGUAGAAAAGAACCUAUUAUGAAACGUACUACUUUAGUGGCUAACACAUCGAAUAUGCCGGUGGCAGCAAGAGAAGCAUCCAUUUAUACUGGUAUUACAUUGGCAGAAUAUUUCAGAGAUCAAGGUAAGAAUGUUUCUAUGAUCGCUGAUUCAUCUUCAAGAUGGGCUGAAGCUUUGAGAGAAAUUUCUGGUCGUCUUGGUGAAAUGCCUGCUGAUCAAGGUUUCCCAGCUUAUUUAGGUGCAAAAUUAGCGUCAUUUUAUGAAAGAGCCGGUAAAGCGGUUGCACUUGGUUCGCCAGAUCGUACAGGUUCCGUCUCUAUUGUUGCAGCUGUUUCACCAGCCGGUGGUGAUUUUUCAGAUCCAGUUACUACUGCAACUCUGGGGAUUACUCAAGUAUUUUGGGGUCUAGAUAAAAAAUUGGCUCAGAGAAAGCAUUUCCCAUCUAUUAACACGUCGGUAUCAUAUUCUAAAUAUACAAAUGUCUUGAAUAGAUUUUAUGAUUCUCAAUAUCCUGAAUUCCCAACUUUAAGAGACCGUAUGAAAGAGAUAAUAUCUAAUGCAGAAGAACUGGAACAAGUUGUUCAGUUAGUUGGUAAAUCUGCUCUAUCAGAUAGUGAUAAGAUUACUUUAGACGUUGCUACAUUAAUUAAAGAAGAUUUCUUGCAACAAAAUGGUUAUUCUACAUACGAUGCGUUCUGUCCAAUUUGGAAGACAUUUGAUAUGAUGAAAUUGUUUACUUCUUAUUACGAUGAAGCACAAAAAGCCGUAUCGAAUGGUGCUAAUUGGUCGAAAUUAUCCGAAGCUACCAAUGAUGUUAAGCAUGCAGUUUCAUCAUCCAAAUUUUUGGAACCAAGUAGAGGUGAAACAGAAGUUCAUAAUGAAUUUGAAAAACUAUUAAGUAACCUGCAAGAAAGGUUUGCCGAAUCAACAGAUUGA